AUGACUCAGACUGCGACUUGCGAAAUAGAGCUCCUCGAUGCGCUCCCGCACUUGGAGAGCGGGAGCAGGUUCGAUCGUGCCAAGACGCUCCCUGUCCAAACUCCCCAUGCGACCGCAAAUAACCCAGACGCAGAAUACUUUUCGGGCAUUAAUGCUUUGGAGGGCCACGGGCAUCCAACAGGUUCGGGUUACUCUUUGCCAACUCCACCCUCUACCGCCCAGAUUUCUGGUAUUCGUAUUGGGAAUAUAUUUAUAGAGGAUAAGGUUUUGUAUCUGGCUGGAUCUUGCAUGGGUAUUUUCGUCGUUGGCCUAAAUGAGACUGCCACAGGAGCCAAUCUACCUUCGUUUCAAGACUACUACCACCUGCCAUACGAUACAGUCUCGCUUGUCUUUCUAGGCGGGUUUAUCGGCUACUUGAUCUCGUGCAUGCUCAACUCGGUUCUACAGAACGCGAUUGGAACACGCAAUGUCCUACUGUUGGCCGGAGCACUUUACGCCGGAGGGUCUCUCCUAAUAUCUUUCGCUCCACCUUUCCCAGCCGUCAUGGUGGGACUCUGCUUCAUGGGGUUCGGUGCGGGCUUCUAUGAGGCUGCUUUAACCAGUGUGGUGUCCCACUUUGAAGAUAAUCGAUACAUGAACAUUUUGUACGCAUUCUCUGGGCUUGGCGCAUUGGUUUCCCCAUUCAUUAUCGGAGCCCUCGCAAAAAUCGGCGCCGCAUGGAAGCUCUACUAUUGGUUCCCAUUCGUCCUGGCAUCACUAAUUACUGGUAGUCAUUUUAUAAUUUUCAGGAACUACUCGACACCAUCAGAUCGCGAAGAGGUAUCUGAACAUGAGGGUGUGCGUGCAAAGUUCAAAAGGGUGGUGCAUAUGCCAAUCGCUUGGAUUGGGAUAGUAUUACUCUUUCUUAGCUUUUCAAUCGCCCAUGUAUUCACUAGUUGGUUGACUUCGUAUCUUAUGGAAAUCAAAGGAUCUGGCCCGGAUGUUUCUCGAUAUCAGUUGUCCAUGCUCUGGGCUGGCCUGACCGCCGGAAGAGUCUUUUUCUCCUUGCCGUUUAUCCACGUUCGCGAAAGAACGGGGAACACCAUAUUACUUGUCUCAAUGUGCGGAGCAAUCGGCCUAUUUUGGGCGGUCAAUUCUACUCCGUCGAAUUGGAUUGGAAUUGCUGCGGCUGGGUUCUUCUUAGGCCCAAAUACACCUGGAAUACUGUCCAUUAUAUCGGCUCGUGCCCCACCUAGCCUCAAGGGGAUCGUCAUUUCAAGUAUGAUUGGUCUGGGGUUGGCUGGUACUCUCGCACCCCUGGUUUUUGGUGUAGUUAUAGAAAAGGUCACUCCGGGCUUGCGUAUCCUGCCCCCAGUCAUUAUUGUACUCGCCUCCUUAUCCGCACUGGUUUUCUGGACUGUCCCGCCUCGCAGAAAGGUUGACUAG